GUAUCAGCACUUUCUCCCUUCCUUUCACAGCCUCGCCGAGAUUCUCAUCGGUCCUCCUCGCCCCUCUGGUCUUUCAUCUGUAAAGCUGUUCCUCGAGCAUUGUUGAUUGUCGGAAUCUAUUAAAACUAAGAUGGAGUUGGACCCAAAGAAGGUUGUUGAAGUAUACGAGAGAUACGAAGCUGUCGGUGAUCAGUUUCUACUUGUUCGAAACCAGAUGGUGGAGAAUGACAGGGAGAGGAAUGCGAACCGAGAGGCUCUCACAGCGCUAAGGAAGAGAGCUAAGACAACAAAGACUAGCGUCCCUUCUCCUUUCGACUCUAUGAUGAAGGAUACUACAACGCACGGGAGGAGCUCAGCCAAAGCUUUGGUUCAGGAAGUUUGCUCGACGUGUGGAUCUCACGACUCUAGUGAACCCACCUGGAUGAUGCUCCCAGGAACUGACCUUUUCGCUGCGGUCCCUUUUCAUGCUGUUCAUACAAUGCUGGAGAAAGAUGAAAAGAGAAUGGAGUUUGAAUCAAAGAAACUGCAGAGUUUGUUGAAGGAGAAGACUCUUUUGUUAUCCGAACUUGGAGCUCUUGCUGAUAGUGUUCCUCCGAGUGUUAUCAGGUCGCUGAUUACGUUGAAGGACACACCUUCAGUUCAGUAGUCUUUAGAUUGACACAAACGGCGUUAUCCAUUUGUGAUGUUAAAGGAUUAGUCUUCUUGAAUGUUGAAAAUGUCAUGAUCCCCCUUGAUUAUAAUUAUAAUCACAAAGUUGCCUUGUUUCUUCUAAUAAAUAAUAUUUUAUUUUUCUACUGGUUAAUAAUUUUCAAAGUUUUUUUACAAAAGAAUGUCAUGCCUAAUGGAUAACGUUCUCUUCCAAACUUGCAUAUAACAUUAUUGACAUAGUUUUUUUUUUUUUUUUUCCUGACAAUUAUCUCAGAGAUAUUUAUAAAUUAUAGUCUCUCAUUUAAAAUCGGAAAGCAAUCUUUAUACGGUGGGUUUUGAAUUUCUGUUGAACAAUAAAGAAGCUGACAAAGAGGAGCAAAGAUCAAGACAGAGAUCUUCUUUUGCAUCAAGACAAGAACUAAAAGUGUUCAUCGUAAAUCAAUCUUCAGAAUUAUUCAGACAAGUCUCUCUCUCUCUCUCUCAAGACCGUAUCUUUCCGGCAAAGCUUAAAACCCCUCACCACAGUCAAGUG